AUGGUGAUAUUGCGGAUGAGCUUGGAUAGCCAGGCAAUAGCACAGCGUGAGGGGGAAUAUGAAAUACUUUGGCUGGAAUUGUUUGUGACGGAAAGCAUUCUGGAGGUGGGCAGAAAUACACUUUUUUCCACAAGUAAAACCUCAAAUCCAGAAGGCGAACAGCGAGGGCCUGAGAAAAGAGAACCCAUGUCAGCAUCAACUGCUCCUCCCACUUAUGAGGAGGCAACCUUGGGGGCUAAGAAUAACAGUCCAUCGCCAUCGGCACCUAUGCACCCCAGCUGGGCCUAUGUAGAUCCAAGCCGCAGCCCAAGUUAUGGAAGUGCAAGUUUCUCUGGUGAGAGCGAGCUGUUUUCCUCAUUCAGCUGGGAUGAUAAGAAUGUUCGGCGGGUUUUCAUUAGGAAGGUCUACAUCAUCUUGAUGAUUCAACUCUCCUUCACGGCUGGUGUUAUUGCUCUGUUCACCUUCUGUGACCCUGUCAAGAUUUACAUUCAGGCACGUCCUGGCUGGUACUGGGCUUCAUAUGCUGUCUUCUUUGUUACCUAUAUGACCCUGGCCUGCUGCCCUGGACCAAGGAGGUAUUUUCCAUGGAAUCUGAUCCUGCUCGGCAUUUUUACUCUGGCCAUGUCUUACAUGACAGGAAUGAUGUCAAGCUUCUACAAUACGAAAUCGGUUCUGCUUUGCUUCACCAUUACGGCACUUGUGUGUUUGGCAGUUACAAUAUUCAGCUUUCAAACUAAGUUUGACUUUACUUCGUGCCAUGGGGUUCUGUUUGUGCUGCUGAUAGUCCUUUGCAUCAGUGGCUUGGUCCUGGCGAUUGUGUUACCAUUUCAGUAUGUUCCUUGGCUUCAUGCAGUGUAUGCAGUGCUUGGCGCAAUCAUUUUUACAAUGUUCCUGGCCUUUGACACACAGCUGCUAAUAGGGAAUCGCCGGUACGCAAUCAGCCCUGAGGAGUACAUCUUCGGGGCACUGAAUAUCUACCUGGACAUCAUUUACAUCUUCACCUUCAUGCUGCAGAUUUUUGGCUCCAACAGAGAAUAAGUCAGUCAGAAUGAAUGGUCUCUGUUCAACAUAGACCACCAGCCACAAGAAUAUCAGCCACAGGAGCACCUAAAGUUACAGCAAGUAGAGUUGCUGAGAGAAUCCAUUCACUCCAUCUUGUCCAGUAACUCAUUGGUAUUAGAAUUCUUUUGUGUUAACAUACUGUCAAUCUAGUGUAA